CAAGGUUGGCAAAAGUCAUAAUAAAUUCAGUCAUGGCGGAUCCGAAACUCGGUAAAGACGUGCCAAACGUCGUUGAAGGUGACUCGGUUUCGAAAGAACAUGUUUAUCUAGAAGAAACGUUUUAUAUCUUGUCGAAAAAAAAUUCAGUGUUCCGUGUUAGACUCACUUCGAAAGGACUAUCCCUGACAAAAGAAACAGACGGCAGUUCCAAGGAACAGACCAUAUUAUUACGCGAUAUCAUAGGCAGCAAAUGUAUGAGAAGCAAGAGGCGUCGUCAUGGAGCCAGUUCCUGUGUGUGCAGUUCUUUGGUGGGGCCACAACAACUCAAAGUUGUCGAAGAAAAUAGCGGCGACCUAGACGAAAACGACAUCAGCGCUUAUUUGUAUAUUUACGCUUACAUCUUAAAGCGUAACCGCCGUACCUUGAAAAGAGAAAGAACAACAAUAACAUUGCGUUUCAGGUCUUUCGAUAAGUAUGAAGAUAACAAUAGAGAGGCGCAAAAAUGGAGAACGUCAAUAAAGUGUUUGAUAGCCGGUCAACCGAUCACAUACGUGCCGCCUCUCAACGAUAAGAAGUUGCUCAUUUUACUAAAUCCGAAAUCGGGUCCGGGUAAAGCUCGUGAGCUGUUUCAGACGAAGGUGGCCCCUAUUCUGCAGGAGGCCGAGGUGCCGUACGAUCUUCAUGUGACAAAGUACGCUCAGUACGCGCGUGAAUUUGUGCGCACGCGCAAUGUUUACGCUUGGCGGGCGGUGGUGGCGGUGGGCGGCGACGGUGUGCUGUUCGAGGUCCUCAACGGCAUGUUCGAGCGACUGGACUGGCAGCAGGCGCUCUCCGAAAUACCACUCGCGAUAAUGCCGUGCGGCUCUGGCAAUGGAUUGGCGAGAACAAUAUGUCACCUUUACAAUGAGCCGUACAUUCCUCAAAACUUAACUGGACUUUCUAUGGCACUGGUCAAGAACAAAACAGCACCGAUGGACGUAGUUAGAAUUGAAACCAAAACUAAAAUUAUGUUUUCGUUUCUGUCCGUGGGUUGGGGCCUGCUGUCAGAUAUCGACAUCGAAAGCGAGAGAUUACGAGCCAUCGGGGGUCAAAGGUUCGCUGUUUGGGCGGUGGCCAGAUUGCUCGGUCUGAGGCGGUACAAGGGCACAUUGAGCUACGCGAAAAUAAAGGAUGUCAGCAAUCUUCCUAAAGCGAAACAACCGUUGACCCUCAGUCACAGCGUGAGUCAGGACGGUGCGCUCGACUCUCCCGACGCGGAAGCGUUCAUCGACUGCGACGAGAAUUCGGAAGUGUUCACCAACGCGAUGAACGGUAAACACCAUCAGCGGGUGGACUCGUGGUACUCGGUGAACUCGCGUCGUAGCGCGUUCUUCAGCACGCGUGGCUCCGAGUACCACAGCGUGACGAGCGGCGGGUCGGAGACGCGCUCGCCGGCGCAUGCGUGCAUGCACGGCCCCGCGUCGCACCUGCCCGCGCUGGUGUCGACGCUGCCCGCCCACUGGGUGCACGAGCACGGCGAGUUCGUGAUGGUGCACGUGUCCUACCAGCCGUACAUCGGCGAGGACUUCCUGUUCGCGCCGCGCUCCACGCUCUCCGACGGUGUUAUGUGGAUGUUGAUCAUCAAGGCGGGCAUAUCUAGGUCGCAGUUACUCUCGUUCCUGCUCGGCGUCAGUAACGGUACUCACGUCGAUAUGGACAACGAGUACAUCAAAAUGGUUCCUGUAAGCGCAUUUAGGAUAGUUCCGGAGGGUCCCAACGGCUACCUCACGGUGGACGGCGAGCUUGUCGAGUACGGGCCUAUCCAAGCCGAGAUUUUCCCCAAUAUAGUUAACCUUUUGGUGCCAGAUUUAAAAUAACAUCAAUUGCAGAUUGAACAAUUUAGAAAAUUAAGAAUCUUUCAAAAUGACUGAUAUAGUUACAUAUACCACAAAACCGAGCCGAUGCGAGUGCAAUACGAUGAAGUAUAACGCUGUUUAGUGAAGUUUAAAACUUUUGGUUGUAUAUUUAAACAUCUAUUAUUAUUUGUUAAAUGAAGAUUAUGUUCCAAGGCACCUACCAAAGCAAUGUUAACGGUAAUCAUUCAUUCCAUGAAUGUUGUGAUUUAAUUUACUUUGAAUUGGUUCAAUUGUGAAUGUGAUAUUGUGAUAAGAAAACAUAGCUUGAAUAACGCGUAUAGUAGCUAGUCAGAGAACAAGACAAACAAUGAAUUAGUGCCAAAUAUUCAGCACUCUAAAAUAUGUUCAAUUUACAAUUUAAUGGAAUUGAUUGUUUUAACGGAUAUGUUUGCUCAAACGUAGAGCAGUUACCUUGAUUGCUACUUAUGAUAUUUAAGUAACACGCGCUACAUAGUAGAUGUGUAAUUAGCUUGAAGCAGAUAAUUAUUUUUUUUCAAACAGUUGCAUUUUUCACAUUGGAGAGAUAUUUGCUGUGCUCUCUUUGUUAAUUAUAUUGAUGUAAUAUAUUUAUUUCUAUACAGUUUUCGAGUGUUCUCUAAAAUAUCUCUAAUUGUAUUAUGUUUAUUGUUUACAACAGUAUUUGAGUAGUAAAUAUAAAAUAAGUAUGUGUAUAUAAAGUAAGAUUUAAAUGUAUUUAAAUCAAAUGGAAUCUUAACUCCAUCCAUAACUAUCAAUAAACUUGAUAAUAUUACAAUAAACAUUUCUUCUUCGGUGUUUCCUGCAAUCAAUGUCAUUUUAAAUGAUUGUUAGUGUUAUAUUUACUGUAGUACAUAGAUACAUAUAGAUGAAAUUAACUUGCCUUCACUUAUAAUUACGGUCUAAGGUUGUACUGUAAGUAAUUAUUUAAAUGGGUUGGGACUGUUAAUGUAACUUAAUUAUUGUAUUUAGCAGUAUUAAUGUAAUGUUAGUUAUUAUUUUAUAUUUCUGUGAUAAUAAUUAUUCUGCCAUACAAAACAUUUAUUUGGAUUUGCCAAUGUUAACAAAAAAAUGUUUACAACCCCAGUAAUGCCUAAUUAUUGUGAUAUUUGUUGGAUGUACCUACUAAUUUUGAUUUUUAUCUAUGUAUAUUUUUUUAUUGCAAGCAUUUACCUAUGUAAUUAAUGUAACAUCAGCAAUUUAUAAAGAUUUUUUAGAAUUUUCAAUAAUGCACAAACUUUUACUAUUUUUCCUGUAUUUCUGGUAGAAUACAAGCUGUGAAUAGUGAAUUUAUAUCGAGUAAAAACAUUAAUUGUUGUCAGUUGUGUACAUUCCAUGUCUGUGAGGUGUUUACUGUGUAGGUUUGUGGGCUUCAAAUUUAUAUGUUAAAGUUAGUCAAAUUGGUGGUUUAAAAAUGUUUAUAAUAUUAUUGAAAUGUAUAAUUUAUCCUCAGGGAACUUUGGGAACUAUUUGCAUUAUUGUAAAUUGAAGUUGAUUCAUUUGUAAAUUCUAAGAAUUUGUUGUUAUUAAAUGAUUAUUGCAUAA